GGCGCCGGAGGACACUUUGUGUUCGGGGGUCACCCUCAUCGCCUCAUCAAGAGCGGCAGAGAGGCAGGAGGCCGCGGGGUGGACACGGACAGACAGGCGGCGAGGACGGCGACAGCAAGACUACAGAGGUCCCAUCAAGGAGAGAGACAGACAGGGACACACGCGUCCUGCAGAUCCGGGACACUCAGAGGACUUCAGCUGUUUCUUUAGAGAAAGCGUGCCAGACGGGUUACCAUGGAAACCAGGACGGCGAUGCAGCGAGAGCGGGAGGAGCAGUCGUCCCAGAUGUCUCACAGCGUGCAGCUGUCGUCCCAGAUCAAGAAGAGGACCUUCACUUCCAGGGACGAGGAAGCCUCCUACUCUGAUUUCCAUCCCAUCAUCACCGCCGACGUGAUGUCCGUCAAGGAGAUCCUGAACACGGGGGACUUUCCCCGACACAGGACAUGGGACGUUCUGCGGGAGACUCUGGCUGAGGAGCACCACAGAGACAAGUGGACCAUGUUUGGCAACGAGGCGGAGAAGGUUGAGCUGGACGUGAUGAGGAACCAGCGUGCGCUACGCAGACGCGGCGACGCGGCGGCCUUUCGCAAGCAGGCCGAAGCGAAGGCAUCUGCCCACUUGAAGCACCUGGAGCGUCUGAGUCAGAAGGCCCCGGACUUUCCGAUCCCGCUGAGGUCUCACGCCGUCUGGGAGGGAAUGACGGUCACAUUCUCCUGCACCGUCCAGGGCUGUCCUCCCCCAGAGGUCACAUGGUUUAAGGACGGUCUGCCCCUGAGAAUGUCUGACCAGCCCUGGAAUUACAGUCUUCAACAAAAAUAUGGCCUCAGCUCACUGGAGAUCAGAAGGUGCUCCCCGGAUGAUGCCGGCGAGUAUAAAGCGAUCGCCACGAGUCCCCUGGGUGAAGCGCUGACAUUCGGAACCCUCCUGGUGAACUCGCGCCACGGAGCCGCCGCCGGUUCAGAGCGCUCGCCGAACCCCGCCAUCAAGCCUGAGCGGGAGGCCCAGUUUGGCGACACCUUCCCCCCGACAUGGGUGACGGAGGGCGACAGCCUCACCCUGCGCUGCACCAUCGGCUCAGCUCUGCGGCCCUGCCAGCGGGACGUCACCUGGUUCAGAGACGGCGCCCGGCUUCAUCCGUCUACAAAUGUGGACAUCGUCACGGUGGACGGCGAGGCCUCCGUCACUUUGCGGGCCGCGCACAAGGAGCACGAAGCUGUGUACGCGGCCCGGCUGAGGACCCGGGACGGCGUGCAGGAGCACAGCGCUUUCGUCUAUGUCGAAGAUGCAUCAGCUGUAGUGGUGGGAGGCCCCGCAUCUCCUCUGGCGCUCCAGGUAUCCGACGUCAACAAGGACUACGUCUUCCUCGCCUGGCAGCCCCCCAGUGCUGAUGGAGGCUCACCUGUGGAGGGUUAUUAUGUGGAAAGGCGUGACCUCCGUCGGGGCGAGUGGGUGCGCUGCAACGAGCGCAUCCGGGGCGCCUGCCAGUGCCCGAUGUUUGGGCUCCAGGAAGGAACCGUGUACCAGUUCAGAGUGUGUGCCGUUAACCGGGCCGGAGCGGGGCGCCCCUCCAAGGCCACCGAGCCCGUCCUCGCCGCAGACCCGCUGCGACACACCAGGACCACGGUGGUCAAAGUAGACAGAGGGAGGACUGUCACCGUCACUAAAGAUCAACUCGAGGGUCAAAUCAGAGCUCCUUUCCCUCCCACCAACGUCCUUGCCUGCGAGGUGAGCGACACCUACGUGGUGCUGAGCUGGACCGAGCCUGAACCCAGAGGCAGGGAGCCGCUCACCUUCUACGUGGAGCGGUCUCAGGCAGGAAAGAGCAGCUGGGAGCUGGCCAAUCUGGACACGGAGGUAAACUCUCCGAGGUUCCCAGUGUUUGACCUGGCCAAGGGCAAGCAGUACCGCUUCAGAGUGCGCUCCGUCAACAAGUACGGAGUCAGCGACCCCUCCGAGCCGUCUGCACCCGUCUCCUUGGGAAAGCCACAAGCGGCGCCGGCUCCGCCUCACUCCGUCGUGGCCGUCAGAGACACGCACACCUCGGUGUUGCUCCAGUGGCAGGAGCCCAAAGAAAAGGACGACAUCCUGGGUUACUACCUGUACUACAGCGAAAGUGGCCACCAGGACUGGAAGACUGUCAACAACAAGCCUAUCAAUAAAAGCAGAUUUACAGUUCACGGCCUCAAGAACCGGAAGGAGUAUGUGUUCAGGUUGAAGUCGGUGAGCCGAGCAGGAAACAGCAACUACUCGGAUGAGUCUCAACCCGUCCUCGUCAAAUCAGCCAUUUCCGUUCCUUCGGCUCCCUCUGCCAUCGCCCUGCUGCUGUGCACCGGAGCAGAGAUGGUGUUGGGCUGGAGGGCCCCCGCGUGUAACGGGGGAGACCCCGUGCGCGGAUACUACCUGGACCAGAUGGAAAAGGGCGCCAGCUCAUGGAGGGAGGUCAACGUCAAACCCGCCAAAGAGAGGCUGUUUGAGGUUUGCAACCUAACCAGUGGACACCUUUACCAGUUCCGUGUGUUUGCCGCAAACAUGGCCGGAGUUGGCGAGCCAUCUGAGGCCAGUGAAGCUUUCCUGUGUGAGAAGUGGACCAUGCCAGAGCCAGGUUGUCCCUACGAUGUGCAGUUCAGGGAGGUGGGAAACGGCUCCCUGGUGCUGCUAUGGGCGCCUCCGAUGUACGAGGGACGGAGCCCCGUCACUGGCUAUUUCCUGGAAAUCAGCCAGGGCGACCAAUCGGACAACUGGACCGCUUUGAAUGAAGGGCCAAUCUGUGACACACAUUACAAGGUGUCUGGUCUUCAGACGGGUCAGACCUAUCGUCUCCGUGUGCUGGCUGUCAAUGAGGCUGGGGUGGGCCGGGCCUCUCUGCCCACUGAGCCCGUCACGGCUGAGUCCCGACCAGGUGCCAAAAACAUUGAGAUUGGAGUGGACAACGAUGGUUUUAUAUUUCUGGGCUACGAGGCUGAUGAGACGGACGACGAGAGCAAGUUUCUAUGGAAUAAGAACUACACAGAGCCCAUCGAUGCCAAGAGGGCUCAGGCAGAGACAAAGAAGGACGGGUCAGUCCUUACCUUCACAGACCCCUCUGAGGAGGAUCUGGGUCUCUACACCGUCGAGUUGAGCGACAGCCCAAACCACUCAUCCAGCUACGACUUCACUGCCGAAGACCUCGGACGACUCAAAGAACUCAGCUGGCAAGUGAGAAAUCCAUUGAUAGAUCUGAAGUCAGGCUGGCAGGUGGAGGUUUCGGAUCAAGGCGACGUACGUCUUUGGCUCCAGACCGAGAGUCUGAGCGACGCCGCUGAGCUCCGUCUCAUCUUCAAUGACCGAGAAAUCACCGGCACGCCGCACCGUAAGAUCAACUUCGACAAGGACAAAGGUCUGUUGGAGAUACUGUUUGACCAGCUCUGCCGGCAGGACGAGGGCUCGUACACGGCUCAGCUGAAGGACGGCCGCGCCAAGAACCAAUUCACCUUGGUCUUUGUGGAUCAGACGUUUCGUCAGACGUUGGCCCUGGCGGAUAAAAAACGACGUGACCAUCAAAGGAAAUCUGGACCUUAUUUCCAGGAAUACUUGGCGUGGACCAUAAGUGAAGAUUGCGAACUCAUUAUAAAGUGCAAGGUGACAAAUACAAACAAGGACACGUCACUCAAGUGGUUGAAAGACGGCGCGGCGGUGAGCCGCUUCGUCUAUGACCAGUCAUCUGGGGUCAGCACACUCACCAUCCCGCAGGUUACAGAGAAGGACGCGGGUUCCUUCCGGUGCGAGGUGUCCGACGGGAGGGGGGAGGACGUCAGCACUUUGGAGUUGCUCGGUGACGAGUAUGACAAGCUUCUGCAGCAGCUGGGUGAACGGUCGGCAUUGUCUGCCAGCCCGUUGAAGGUUCAGAGCACCGCUGUGGGUCUCAUGCUCUACUGUUCCCUCAAAUACUACAUGAGCUUCCUGAAGACCAGCUGGCUCUUCAAAGAGAAGAGGAUCGAUCAGGAAACCAGGACGAAGCCCGGCAGCAAUACGGAGAAAGUCUGGAUUGAGAUCUGCAACCCAACCGAAAAUGACAAAGGCAAAUACAUCUUGAAGAUGUUCGAUGGGAAAGAGACGCGCGAGCGGCACCUGGACCUGUCUGGACAAGCGUUUGCCGACGCCCUGCUGGAGCACCAGCGGCUGAAGCAAGAGGCCAUCGCUGAGAAGAAUCGGGCCAGAGUGACAAAGGGCCUUCCUGACGUGGUGGCCAUCAUGGAAGGGAAGUCUUUGUGUCUGACGUGCUUCGUCGACGGCGAACCCGCCCCGGAGGUCACCUGGCUUCGGAACGACAAGGAGAUCGCUAAACACACCCAGUUCGACAUCACCAAGGAGCCCAGGUGCAGCACCAUCACCAUCAACAACGUCACCAUGGCCGACUCUGGAAAAUACAGCAUCUCCGUGCGCAACCAGUUUGGCGCUGAAACGGUGGACGUGACCGUCAGCGUUUACAAGCACGGAGAGGAGCCGCCGGCGUGCGCUGUGGAGAUGGGGUUUUAUGCCUAAAGUUUAUCAUGUGUUAUUAUUUAACCACCUAUACUGCAAAAUGUGUAUACGAUUUCAAUUCUAAACAGUGUAGUGACAUCAAAAUCUCAGGUUUUCCCACAGGACAGACAUGCAAAACAGUCCUAAGUGGUCAAAUUCAACAUUAACCAAUUAAUAUGUAAUCAAAUUUAUACACUCAGAGGAUUCAUCGCUGUACACUUACAUGUCCUGUGAUUAUAAGCGAGUGGAUGUCAGCACACAUUGGCUGAAACAUUAUCUUGCAUUAGCUUCUCUACUUGUUCUCCUGUCACAUUAUAUUUAAGGUUGUCAUAAACCGUGAUAAUAAAAGUGAAUUGUUUUAAGGGUUCACUAAGAAUCUAAAUCCUACUGGUCUGUAGAGCCGUCGGUAAAUCGGGUUUGUCAUUUGUGUUCUGUGUGAAUAAAUUCAUUUCAAGUGAU